GUUGGUUAAAAGCUGAAAAUUCCCAAACUGAACUUUAUGAGCGUGGCGGUCAUCAUGUAUUUGGGGGGAUAUUAUGCUGUUACUUACUGGCAUUGUUCUAGGAUAUCGGGGGGGGAAUAAAUUAGAUAAGCCGUUGUAUUGUAUUGUUAAGUUGUUGUUUAUACAAAAAUGAAGGAACUAAGAAAAGAGAUUUUCAGAAAGAGCUUCCUGAAAAUGAUGCUGAUGAAGCCGCGCCCUUUGUUAAUGAAGGGUGUAAAUGGUAAACCCGAAACUGGGACAAAAGACUCACGAGAAACGCGGUAAACAACUGAUAAGGCCUGUUCCCUGUUGAGGCAUUCAUAAAGAUAAGCAGCAGCUCCCACACUGCCAUUUCACGGCCGCGUGACAUUGGUGGGAGCAUUGGGAGAUCUAAGAUGGCCGCCUCGAUGAUUCAGUUAAUAGGCUUCAUGUUGUCCGCGUUGGGGCAAUUCUUGAUUUCAGCUGCGACCGCGAUGGACAUGUGGAGCUUGCAGGAUCGAUCUUUUGCAGUCGUGACAAAUUUUUAUACCUACUCUGGUUUAUGGAACUCGUGUGUGGGGACGUCGUACGGUACGACGCAGUGCAGGCCUUAUUUCACCAUCCUGGGCCUGCCAGCUCUGCUGCAGGCCGUCCGGGCCUUGAUGAUCGUCGGCAUCGUCCUCGGAGCCAUCGGAGGCCUCAUCGCCAUAUUUUCACUCAAGUGCUUGAAAAUGGGGAACAUGGAGGACAACAUCAAAGCCACAAUGACUCUGACAGCCGGCAUCAUGUUUCUUCUCGGAGGCGUCUGCGGCAUUGCCGGGGUGUCGGCCUUUGCUAACUUGAUCGUGCAAAGCUUUCGGUUCACGACGUACGCCGAUGGCGGGUUCAGCAUGAUGGGAGGAGGGGGGAUCGGUGGACUCUCGGGAUCUCUGACUCCGAGGUACACCUUCGGCCCCGCUCUUUUCGUGGGCUGGAUCGGCGGAGCCGUCCUGGUCAUCGGAGGCGUCAUGAUGUGUCUGGCCUGCCGUGGAAUGUCCUCGGAUGCGAAGCAACGGUACGACGGGAUGGCCUACAAAGCCUCCUCUCACCACACUAUCUACAGGACCGACCCCAAACCCCGCCCUGCCUUCAAUGACUCCUACAGGGCGCACAGCGCGGACGGAAGGAUGUCCAACCAGAAAUUUGAUUAUGUGUAGAAUCAUGUCGCUCAUCGUUACCUCUGUUUUCUGAUGCUCUGUGAUGAUGUUUUUUUUGUUUUUGUUAUUUUUAUUUGGUGGUUACGUAACAAUGAAGUGGUUAUUUUCUUAUUUCUCUCUACCUUAAUUUGGCUGAGCUGCCGAACACUUAUUGUAGUCGAUUUUAUCAUUUUAUUUUUCUACGCUUGUAUAAUCGCAACUAGCAAUUAGCGAAUGCUGUUUUGUGAUUCAUGAAGUGAUAUUUUUUUGUGAAACAAAGAUAUUUCUAUUUGUUGUAAUUCAAAAUGAUUCACCUCAGUAUGUGACACAACAAAAUAAAAAUAUUGAUAGACUUAACGUCUAAACCA